GAACUGUUGUCCAUCAUUCGAAGCGUUUGAAGUCGAAGCUAUCAAAACGAUCAAAACAGUUUUAGUAAUUUUACAUUUUUUCUGUCGAAGGAAAAGUAUUUUUCUAAUAAAAGCGUUGCAAAAAGUAUCUCAUGGAUACGGCUGAAGAUAUUUCAUGGAAAACUGCUAACUUUCGGCAGAGUGUCGUGAACAAAAUCAAUGAGGCCAUCCAACAAUCGGGAAUGACCUCAAGUAAGAACGGAUUGGAAAUGGAAAAUCACGUCUUUCAGAAGGCUCGCACCAAAGAUGAGUAUCUGAGCUACGUGGCUCGGCUUAUUUUGCACGUCAGAGAGAUGAACACUAAAAACAAAAGUCAAAAUCCUACCGGAGGAACCCAGGACGGGGGCAUGCCGGAUCCGAUAAAUGCAUUGCAAACCCUUGCCACGCAGGGUACUCGUCCACAAAUGAUGGGUGGCCAGAUGGGACCAGGAGGUGGUCCAAUGGGAAAUCAGAUGGGUGGUGGAAAUGCAUCCAACUUGUUGAAUACGUUGAAUCGGCCUCAAAUGCCCAUGACCAACAUGCAGGGUCGUGUUGGCGCGAUGGGAGGGCCCAACCAAAUGGGCGGUAUAAUGCCCGGACAAAUGCAACAAGGGAUGCCCAAUCAAAUGGGUGGAUCAAUGGGACCAGGUGGAAUGAGCGGGGGAAAGAUUGUUAAUCAAAUGAACCCUAUUGGACAGAUGAAUGCAAUGCAAAUGGCUGGAACCGGAAUGCCUCAAGGUGCAGGCCAGCAACAAGCCCAACAACCUCCAGGGCAGCAGGUUGGGCCAAAUCAAAUGAAUCCCAUGGGUGGAAUGGGAAUGCAGGUCAAUACUGGAGGACAUAUGAAUCAACAAAUGAAUCAGGUCGGAAUGAAUCCAGGGGGUAAUCAGAUGGGUAACCUUGGUGGCAAUAGUCCAAUGAAUCCGGGAAAUAUGGGAAUCGCUCCGAAUCAAGUAAUUCGUCAGCAAAUGCCUCCAGGAAUGAAUCCUAAUCAGCAACAACUUGGAAUGGCCGGAGGACAGAUGAAUCAGAUGAACCAAGGCGUUGGUGGACCAGGUGGAAAUAUGGGUUCUGUUCAACAACAGCAGCAGCCGGGACAGGUCGGAAUGGCCGGUAUGGGCCCAGGUGGUCCUGCAAAUAUACCACAGCCUAACAAUCCACAACAGCAAUCACAGGGUGGUCCUAAUGCUGGGCCUAAUCAAAUGAAUCAAGUUGGAGGUAACAUGCAGACUAUGGGGAAUCAGGGAAACUUUGCGCCUAUAGGAGCUAAUCCUAUGGUACGAAAACCUCAGGAUAUGAUGAGUGGAGGUCAAGUGUAUCCUGGAGGAGUUCGUAGCGUAACUCCAAACCAGUUUCUACGUCAAUCACCAUCGCCAUCUGUUCCAUCACCAGUCGGCCCAGGUUCAAUUGGACCUCAAUCGCAUCCAGGACAAAUGAUACCAAGCCCAGCGCUUAUUCCUUCGCCAAGCCCACAAGUGACUAGCAGCAUUCCUCCACCAAGAAACAUUGGACAAUCUCCUGGACAAAGUUUGAAUACCCCAGGACAAGCCGCGGCUCCUAGUCCACUGAAUCCACAGGAGGAACAUAUAUACAAAGAAAAAUAUCGCUCGCUACAAAAGUAUAUUGAGCCUCUCAAGCGCAUGAUUGCUAAAAUGGAACACGACGAUGUCGAUAAGAUGGGUAAAAUGAAACGUUUGCUGGACAUUUUGUGUAAUCCCACUUGUCGUAUCCCGUUGGACACACUCUAUAAGUGUGAAGCGGCUUUGACGAGUCAGCUUGGAACCAUUCGAGAGACCUCUCUUAAUAAUCCCUUGGUGGAAGCGGUUUCAUCGAAUCUGCAAAGUCCUCUCGGAAACCAUACUUUACAACGCACCUUCCGGCCAUGCUUGGAAGCACUUUUCGGCCCGGACAUAAAAAAUCUUCCUACCCCGGCUAAGCAACCACGUUUGGCACUCGAUGAACCCUCAACUGUAGGAUCAACGGGCACUCAAGAAAUCCCUCACAUCUUGCAAGGAGAAAUUGCCCGUUUGGAUCAGAAGUUCAAAGUUUCGCUCGAUCCAUGCGCCAUUGGCGAUACAAAAACCAUCAAGCUGAUCUGCUGGCUAGAUGACAAGCAUUUACCGUGCGUGCCCCCGGUAGCGGUGACUAUUCCGGAGGAGUAUCCAUUCACGUCGCCAACUUGCUCGCUGAUUGAGCAAGAAUACAAUGCUACACCGUUUCUCAUACAGGUGCAGAAAUCGUUCCUGGCUAGGAUCUGCAAGCUGCCGGAGAUGUUUUCGCUGUCCCAUCUGCUGGACACUUGGGAAAUGUCCGUUCGCCAAGCGUGCUCGCCCAAUCCAAGCUUGGUGGCCCCGAGCGCCACCAGCGUUUUGCUGGGCAUGUAAUCAGACGAGGGAGGGACGUUUCGAUACAAGGUGGGUUGAUACUUCAUUUAUUUUGAUAAAUUAAAGAUCGCACAUUUAAACAUGCAUAUAAAAGAUCAAAA